CUGAAACAUACCAGGCACAAUUAAUACAACAUUUAGAAAAAAUGUCUAGCUACUUGUGAUCAAUUUCUCUUGAGAAAAAUCUAUAAAAUAAAAAAAAAUGUUAUCUAAAAAAAUCCUUAAAAACCUUUUAAAUUGUUAUUUGUUAUUUAAAAUAAUAAAAAAUUCCAUUCUUUGUCCCACAGUGAGGAAAUUCACAGUGCGAGUCUUUGCCACCCACACAUGCUGCCACAGGAGGCGCUAUUAAGUAUACGGUUCCUCUGGGGCCUCGAACCCAGGACAUUCUGCGUAUAAGGCAGGCGUGAUAACCGCUACACUAUGGACAAUAAAUAUAAUAAAAUAAUAAUAUUUCAUGUUUGUUUCAUACUUGUCACUUACAUAACGUGUGUCUACAGUCACCAAAUGUCCAAAAGGACCCACUAUUCCUCAACUUCAAUUUGAUUUUCAAACCCAAUAUGCAUUAAAACAUAACAUUCCGUUUAAGAGACCUCCAUUUUGUGCAGAAAAUGGAGGUUGGAGAAAGGAGCAGGGCCCAUCCCAGUUUUUUGCUUUGAAACUUUUUUUUUUUUUUUUUGGGCUUUACAAAAAGAAGAAGAAGAGAACUGGAGGGGGCAGAAAGAGCUGCUACUCCCACUCAGGCAGCGUCUACACAACUUCGACCCACUCAGAUCUUCGCUUCGUUUUUGUUUUUUUUUCUGCUGAAGGCUCUUCAGGAGAGAGAGGAGAUUUUAGAGGUGAAAGAAGAAAACCGAGCUGGUGCGAUGUCUCUGGAAGGUGAUGUGUGCGUAGUGACGGGAGCCUGUGGAUUCCUGGGAAAGAGGCUGGUGAAGCUGCUGCUGGAGGAAGAGAACGCGGCCGAGAUUCGGAUGCUGGACAAACACGUGCAGCCGCAGGUUCUACAGGAGCUGACGGAUUGUAGAGGCAAAACCAAGCUGAGUGUUUUCGAGGGCGACAUUAGAGACGGUGAAUUUGUGAGGAAGGCCUGUCGCGCCGCUUCGGUCGUCUUUCACACCGCGUCCAUCAUCGAUGUGAACGAGUCAGUGGAGUACAGCGAGAUGUAUGGAGUUAAUGUCACAGGGACCCAGGUCCUCCUGGAGGCGUGUAUCCAGGAGAACGUGGUCGCCUUCAUUUAUACCAGCAGCAUCGAAGUGAUGGGGCCAAACCCUAAGGGCGAGCCUAUCAUCAAUGGCAAUGAGGACACCUUCUACAACUGCACCCUGAAGUUCUCCUACAGCAAGACCAAGAAAGAGGCAGAGCGGAGAACCCUGGCGUCCCACGGUGAGCUGCUCCGAAACGGAGGCCGACUGGCCACCUGUGCACUCAGGCCCAUGUACAUCUACGGAGAAGGAUGUCGCUUCCUGCUCGGCCACAUGGGUGACGGGAUACGAAACAAGGACGUCCUCCUGCGGAUGUCCCAACCAGAAGCUCGGGUGAACCCCGUCUACGUCGGCAACGCAGCGUUAGCUCAUCUCCAAGCCGCUCGCUGCCUGAAGGAUCCGCAGAGGAGGAACUUAGUCGGAGGAAAGUUCUACUUCGCGGCCGACGACACCCCGCCCGUGAGCUACUCGGACUUCAACCACGUCAUGAUGUCGCCUCUGGGCUUCAGCAUCCAGGAGAAACUCAUGAUGCCGCUCCGCCUCUUCUACGUGGUGUGCUUCUUUUUGGAGGUCGUGUGCAUGCUGCUGCGACCUUUCGUACGCAUCGUGCCGCCACUUAACCGGCAGCUGCUCACCAUGCUGAAUACGCACUUCACCUUCUCCUAUCAGAGAGCUCAGCAGGAUCUGGGGUACAACCCCCGGUACAGCUGGGAGGAGGCGCGCAAACGCACGAUGGAAUGGCUCGCAUCACAACUGCCGAAGGAGAGAGAACGAAUAAGAGGCUAAAUGUCAGCUAGCAUAGCACUACCUUUAGAUAAUUUAGUCCAUAAAAAAUAUUAUUAGUCCAUAAUUAUGUUAUUAUGUUAAAGCAGGCAUGUUCAAAAUCUGGCCCGGGGGCUAAUUGUGGCCCAUGGACCAAUUUUUACGGCCCACGGCCUCUGUCAUAAAAUGGAUCACUUGUGACCCUCAAGAAUUGUAGAGUACAAAUGCACAUAUAAAAUGCAAUUUUAUGUUUUACCAACAGAUGGCAGCACCACUGGGUAAGCACUAUCUGGAGUUGUGUGUCCAUGACCCAUCUGGUCAAUUUCUAAAAAGUUUUUUUUUUCUCCCCCUGAAAUACAGAACAACUUUGUUCACCUGAUUUGCCGAGAGGAAACUCUAUAACAGUUGGAACCCAGUUGAUUCAAUUUAAAAAUGCUGUUUGCGAUAACCUUUUCAUUAAACAGUCAAUUUGCAUUUAAUGUUCACGGUUCAAAGGAUGUCGGGCAGAAUGAUUGGCCCUGACACACGUUCACUUCAUCAGAUCUGGCCCUCUUCGUAAAAACAGGCCUGUUUUGAAGGAUGACGACCGGCCAGCAGGAGGAGAGCAGCCAAAACUGCAUUUUCAGUUGGCUUCAAAAAAGGGAUUUCCUGGCAGAGGGUACUUCAAAAUACACAGGUUUUUUUUUUAUCUCAAACACAUGGUCUGUAAAAACAAAUAAUAAUGUAGAGAUGUAUACAUAAAUGUAAUAAUCUUAUGACAGAGAUAGAAAGCAAUACAACUGUCUUCAUUAACAUUAUGUCUGAAAAAUGUGUUGCUUUUACUGAUGGUAAAUAUCUAAUAAACAAAAGAUAAACUCA